AUGUCUCACCCCUGCACUUCUGACUACCACUCGGACGUUGUUCGAGGUCCUAGAACUAAAAUCACUACGGCAACUAUCGAUAGUCCUGUGGCCCCUGAUUCUCAACACCCCACCCCUUUGAAACAAAACAACGUGUAUAAGGUGGAACCAAAAGUAUUAGAAGAACCCAACGUUGAACAGUCACGCCAAGACUUCGCAUUUCACCCUCAGGAUGCCCUUAGAUCGCGUAGGAAGAUGCUGGAUAUUUUGGAAACAUAUGGCUUAGAUGAAAGACAGCUACGCGACAUCAACGACGGUUAUGGAUACUGUGGUAUCGAUCGCUUCCUAAAUGAGCCUAACAACUCGGUUUUGACCCGGACUCAACCCGGAUUCUACAAUGGUGAUCCCGCCGGUCUCCUGCCUCGAGACACAACGAUUGCAAAGCCUCCUUAUAGCAACCUAUCAUCAUGGGUAGAGAUUCCACUGAGCCCAAGGUAG